AUGUCUGACAUCAAAUCAGUCGCCUACUUCGUCAAUUGGGCAAUUUACGGCCGCAACUACAACCCCCAGGAUCUGCCCGCGGAGAAGUUGACACACAUCCUCUAUGCAUUUGCCAACAUUCGCCCUGAAACCGGCGAGGUGUACUUGACCGACUCUUGGUCCGACGUUGAGAAGCAUUACCCGACAGACUCGUGGAACGAUGUCGGCGACAAUGCGUAUGGAUGUGUCAAGCAGCUUUUCCUGCUCAAGAAACAGAACCGCAAGCUGAAGGUUUUGCUUUCUAUCGGUGGCUGGACUUACUCUGCGAAUUUCGCCCAGCCCGCGAGCACAGAGGAGGGUCGCACUAAAUUUGCUGAGUCCGCAACACGUCUGGUUCUUGAUCUUGGAUUCGAUGGUAUCGAUAUCGACUGGGAAUAUCCCAAAGAUGACGCCGAAGCUGAGAACCUUGUUCUCUUGCUCCAGAAGUGCCGAGAGGUUCUCGACAGAGAGGCUGGUGCUGAUCGCCGUUUCUACUUGACAAUCGCCUGCCCUGCCGGCCCGAGCAACUACGAGAAGCUCAAAUUCCAAGAGAUGACCCCCGUGCUUGACUUCUACAACCUCAUGGCGUACGACUUCGCCGGAAGCUGGGACAGCAACGCUGGCCACCAAGCGAACAUCGCCCACUCAGAUUCCAACCCUGCAUCUACACCCUUCUCGAUCAACGCUGCUCUCGACUACUACAUCAACGACGGUGGUGUACCAGCCUCAAAGAUCGUCAUGGGCAUGCCCCUGUACGGCCGUGCAUUUGAGAACACUGAUGGACCCGGCGCCCCCUUCUCCGGGGUCGGAGAGGGUAGUUGGGAGAACGGAGUGUGGGAUUACAAGGCGCUACCCAGACCCGGGGCUGAGGAACAGUUCGAUGAGGAAGCCAGAGCCUCGUAUUGCUAUGAUGGCGGCUCGCGCACGAUGGUUUCUUACGACACGCCCCAUGUGGCGCAGGUCAAGGCGAGUUAUAUUCUCGAGCGCGGACUGGGUGGUGGUAUGUGGUGGGAGAGCAGUGGUGAUAAGGGUGGCAAGGAGGCUGAUCCGGCGGAGGGAAGCUUGAUUGGUAUCUUUGUUGACGGUGUUGGUGGUGUAGACACUCUGGAUCAGUCGGAGAAUGCCCUUGAGUUCCCCGAGAGCAAGUACAACAACAUCCAAGCUGGAGUCCCGGAAUAG